AUGUCUACAGUUCGCUUUGUUCAGCGCCUUCCGCGGCCUUCAACGUCGCUUCUCUCAUUCACGAGGCUCGCGACUCGUUCAUUUGGAAGCUCGGCAGUUCGCCCGCAAGAGAGCAAGAAGGAUGGAGUUCACUCGACAACACCGCAGCACCGUGUACACCAGACGGAGAAGUCUCCCAACCCAGCUCUGUCGCACGAUAGCUCAACGAUGACGAAGGAUUUCCCGAAGGUCGGGAAGGACAAUGCACCGCCGGAGCUCCUGAACUCGGUGGACCCAAACUACAAGCCUGAGGGCACAUACCCCGGAAAGGUCGAGCACUAUACGGGAGGCAGACAGCAGCCUGGCGCGCAGAAGCCAGAGCUUGAGGUCGGCGAGAUGGAGGGCAUUACGUUCAAGGUUGAGCCGCUGAAGCGAACUGGGGAGGAUGUGUCGACUAUGAGGGCUCGGUUGCUGUACCAAAGCCGGAAGCGAGGAAUUCUCGAGUCCGACCUGCUCCUGUCUACUUUUGCCGAUGUCUAUCUGGGCGAAAUGAAUCAGGAGCAGCUGCAGGAAUACGACCGGUUCCUGGACGAGAAUGACUGGGACAUUUACUACUGGGCGACCCAGGACCCCCCCACUGAGGGAGAAGCCAAGUCAGAAGUCUCCAAGGACACCCCAACCGAAACGUGGCAACGCACAGGUGCAAAGAGCGGCGAGUGGGUGCAGACUGUUGGUGCCUUCAAGGCUGCGUACCGGCCAGUGCCAUCGCGAUGGGCCGACUCUGAUGUCUUGAGACUGUUGAGACAGCAUGUCCGGGAUAACAGUGCGAACGGUUUCCACGCAGCUAAAAACAGGAAAACCGGUGCAGGCGGCUUGAACAGGAUGCCCAACAUCCAAAUCUUCAACAACUGA